AUGAAAUUAUCGCCAAUCACUGUUGAACCCAAUAAAAAACCAAUUUAUUUAUCUCACCAUGCUGUUUUACGUACAGACAGCACUACAUCGCCAUUAAAAGUAGUGUUCAAUGCUUCCAGCAAGACCACUAAUGGUACUACCUUGAAUGAUCACAUGUACGUACGACCCCAAAUACUACCAGAACUGCUGGACAUCAUACUCAGAUGGAGGAUGCACGUGGUGGCAUUGAGGGCAGAUGCAGAAAAAAUGUUCCGCCAGAUACUGGUGACUCCGGAACAAACUCACCUCCAGAGGAUUCUUUGGCAGCAGCCAAAUAAAAAUGAAGUGGAGUCUUUCGAUUUGAUCACUGUUACAUACAAAACAGUACCAGCCCCAUUCCUAGCAAACAGAGUACUCAAACAGCUUGGUGACGAUGAAAGUACUCAGUUCCCUAGCGCUGCAGAUGUUCUACGUAGAAAUAUAUAUGUCGACGACCUAUUCACUGGAACAAACUCAAUCCCUGAGGCGAGACAACUGCAAGAACAACUCCGAUUACUCCUGAAGGCGGGAGGAUUUAACCUGAGGAAGUGGGCAAGCAGUCAUCCAGGCGCAUGGGAGUCAGUGGACACACCCCGUCUUGCCAAAAAUACGACCUUAAAACUGAACUACGACGAAACAGUGAAGGUGCUGGGUAUUUACUGGAACAUAAGUCAAGACUCUUUUCAAUUCAACGUUCAAACUGGGCCCCAGGGAGGAACAACAAAAAGGGAAAUUUUGUCAUCAAUAGCCAAGAUAUUUGACUCCGUGAGCCGGCUGACUCCUACAACCAUUUCAGCAAAAAUUAUGAUGCAAGAAUUGUGGAUUACGGGGAUUGACUGGGAUGAAACAGGGCCUGAUGAGAUCAUUACCCCCUGGAGUCAGUCACUACAAUCAGUUAGCAGACCUACAACAGCUGAGAAUUCCUCGACACAUCAGCUGGACAACUGA